GUCUAAUUAAACAGUAAAACUUGAAGGCUGCCGUUGCACUCGGCAAAACGGUGCGUUACUUCUCAUUUCGUCCAUGGCCACGUCAUCUUCAUUCUGCUUUGUUUUCUCUGCUUUCGUCAUUCUUUCUUCCAGAUCAACAGCAGCAGCAUUUGUUCCAUGGACAGCAACUAAUCUUGGAGCUUCUUCUUCUUCCUCAUCCACGCUCCUUUUCAGAUCGUUCUUCGCUGGCAUCAGGCUGACAUCCUCGUUCUCUCUUUCAAACUCAAUUACGGAAAGUGAAGUUGAUGAGUUCAUUUCAAGAUACGAGCAAGUUGUGGAGCAGCAGAGGAAAGAGGACUUCAGGUGCUGCAAUCUGCAAGCUGUUCUUACGACGAAAGAACCGGUGGAAGACCAGUGCAGACAGCUGUACACUCUGGCAGUGUUCAAGAUAUUUCAGGAGGAGAUGUUGCAGUGCUACAAUUACUUUGCUAUUAAGACAUUUGAGGAAAGGACAGUGAGCAGAUUCUCACUGCAGAGAUGUGGGGACAAGAAUGAGAAAUACACAGUUCGACUCGAUAGGUUGAACCUCGACAUCUACUGCAGCUGCAAGAUGUUUGAGUUCGAGGGGGUGCUUUGUCGCCAUGCCUUGAGGGUUUUCAACCUGAUGGGGAUAAGGGAACUUCCCUCUCGGUAUAUAUUGCAUCGGUGGACAAAGAAUGCAGGGUAUGACACUCCUCGUGAUGUGAAUUCCUUGUCAAGUAAGGGAGAGCUCAAGGAGUUGAUGACUUGUUGUCCCAAAGAAGCAGCGAGUAGUUACAUGGAAGCUGGCACGGGGUGUCUUGAUAAGUACAGAGUUGUUUAUUAGGUUAUGCACGAAGUAGGCGGGGAAGAGACUUUGUUGGCAAGGGUAAGGAUUACUCUGGCUGGACAGCAAAUCCCUUUUUAGUACUUUGUAGUUUUGUUUUUCUGGUCUACAGUUUGUUUGCAGUGUAUGAAACAUAGGCAAGUUAGUAGUUUAUGUGCAUAUGAAUCAGGUUUCAACAGUAUCUCACUUGCAUUUGUUCCUUUUACCGAGCACUGUCAUUUUUUCUUUCUUUUCUCCCUCCCAAUUGCAGGACGGGAGGAUAGAGUUGAUACCGAUGAGCUAUAGAGCAUGUUAGUCGUCUGAGUAGGAUUGAAGAGAUUGGUGGAUGUAGAAACAAUUCAGUUCACAUCCAUACACUUACGCAUGAAGUCAUGAACCAAAUGUAAAGAACAAUGUCAAACAAUCAGUCAUGCCGAAUGAUCAUGAUGAUAAUCUGCAAUGCCGAAUGUUUAUUCCUCUUGAAUUUCAAACAGGGUUCCCGAAUAGGUGAAUACU